GCAGGUGAAAGUGUGAUGUAUCAUUUAUUUGACGAACAUACUGUUUUGCAGAAUGAUGAAGGUAAUGGCUGAGGAGUGACCCAAACAACCAUCUCCAUCACCACCAGCUCCUCCAUCCCAGGGCCAUGUCUGUGACAACUGUCAAACCUAAUUUCUUCACUCCAUCAUUAGAGUAUACUCCAGUCUCCUUCCGUACACGUGUCCCUACUCUCUCCAGCCCUGUCCUCAUCAGUUCAGUGGAGAGCAGGACAGAGCAGGACAAUGCUACGCAUAGAGGCACCUUCCUCACGGUCACUGUACCAAUCAAUGAGACAGGCUUCAACUCCACGCAGCUCCCCAUGACAUCGGUGGAUGGUGCUGGUAUGGGCAUGGUCCUCAUGCCCUUUGGCAUAAUCAGCAUUGUCGGGUUGGCUGUCAUUGUGAUGCUGUACAUAAGGAAAAAGAAAAGACUGGAGAAGCUAAGGCACCAGCUGAUGCCCAUGUAUAACUUUGACCCAGCUGAGGAACAAGACGACCUGGAACAGGAACUUCUGGACCAUGGCCGAGACGGCAGCUCAGCAGGACCUAAUUCCAAAACUCUGACAGCGGGUCAGGGUGGCGCUCAAGUGGCGAGUCGACUGGUCUUUACGGACGUUGCUGAUGCCAUAAAUGUAUGACGUCGCUCCUCUCAGCAUAAAUGAAGAUUUCAGAAACCUCCAGGGACAUCAUGGAGAGAACGAGAAUUUUCCAGCUUAAUAUUUUCACACUUGGCUGGGAAUCAGACGUUGAUUUAGCAAACGUCUGUAGACUAUAAGGGAAGUUUCUAGAAGCCUUUUAAGAUUAGGUUGCAUUUGCUGUAUUAAAAAAGGAAAUGGCAUUUCUGUACGUUUUAGAGAAAAACCUGUUUAAUUUCAUUUCUGAUGAUCCCUUUUAAAUGGAUUGGUUCAGACCCAGUUUAACUCAUCAUGGUCACAGAUAUAUACAGUAUAUGUCUACAUGUGUGUUUUUAGAAGUGUUCAUUAAAGAAAUUUAGUAGUUGCUUUUAAUAUUUGUUCAUGAAUAGUAAUUGCAUGCAUUUGUAGCUACCACAUCACUGCAUCACACAGUUAAAGUGCACCUAUUAUGGUUUUUCAAAUAUUACCUUUCAUGUCUUGUGUUAUAGAGCUGUUUGUGAAUGUAAAAAAGUCUGCAAAGUUUCAAAAAUCAAAUUGCAUGACAAACGGAGUUAUUGACUCCCAAAAGAAGGAACCGAUUCUGAACAGCUGAAACGAGUCGUUAGUAAUUCCAGACUUUACUUCCUGUACUAACCUACGUAGGUUUGUAACAAAAAACCCGCCUCUGGUUUUCGUAGGCUGCUCGCGAACAGCGGUAGACCAAUCACAACAGACUGGGAUAUCUAACUAAUCGGAGCAGAGUAUGCUCUCUGAAAGGAGGAGUUUAAAAUUAAUCCUUUAGAACGGAUCAUUUAAUGAGUCGUUUUUGACACUGGGGGAAAAAAUGGUAAUGCUGCAGUUUAAAUUAUGAGCACAUUAAAGUGUUUUUGACCUUGGAUGCAUGUAAAUCUAUUGUAUAAGACAUUUAAAACAAAAUUAGGCACGUUUAAACAAAACCAUAGUAGGUGUGCUUAAAAGGCUCCACUUACUUGUAUUCAUUUUAUUAAUCUUAACUUUGUUUCUGAUAAAUUCAGUUUAGUUUGGUUUUAUUUGUCUAGCUCUUUUAACCAUAGACAUUGUAACAAAGCAACGCUACAUAAACACAGAUGUACAUUAAUGAGGCGACAAUGGAAAGGAAAAACUCCCUGAGACAUCAUGAGGAAGGAACCUGGAGAGGAAACCGAGUCUUCCGGGUGAAGCCGGAUUAUAAAUGUAAUUACUGUUCUUCAACUAUACAUUAUAAAGUCAAUACUAUGUAUGUUGAAAGGAUGAUAAAUGUAAGCAUAUUGUGAAUAAGAUUCAUGGAAUAAGCACAGGAUGUUUUUUAUUGUUGCAACAGUUCUUAGAUACAAGUUUUAAAAGUACAGGUGAUGGGUAGAAGUUUUGUGAUUAACCAUGAAGUCUUCUCUCUAAAGCUGGGAAAUUGCGAGGGUUCUUUUCAUUACAGCUAGCGGACAUUCUUUCUUCGAGCGUGUAAAAUUAUAGUAGAAGUGUUUGGGAAUUUGAUGCACAUUUUCUGUACCACUGCCAUAGCUCAAACCACAGCUUCCCGAACGUUGAAUUCUACACUGUAAAAACGUUCUUUAAAAAGUUCUUUUGCCACAGCCUUACCCAGCGCAUAAUCUGUAUACAUGCACAAUUUUGAGCUAUAUUUAUAGAAAGACCGUGUAAUCAUUGUUGUUUCAAACAGAUUAACGUAUUAGAAAUUUCUCUCUUGUGAGGGAGAGAGAAAAGUCAUUGUCAUGUAUGUCUGUAUAAGUACUGUGUACGUGUAUGUGCGUGCACGUGUGUGAACACUACUAUGGAGUAAUUGUCUGUGACAGUGUUCUACACUCUCCAAAACCAGCAGCUUUAGAGAAAGUUUGUAAUGUGUGAGAAUAUGACCAUAAAUAAAUGCAAAAAAAAAAAAGCAUUUGAUCCUUUUUAAAAAAAUUUAAUUUCAAUGCAAUGUUUCAUAAAGUCACAACUGCAUGGUUUACUGGGAUAUUCUUUUUAUUAUUAUUAUUUUUAGUCAUGACAUGGUCAAUGCGAUACAAUGCAUACACUUGUUUUAAGGUUCCUUUAUUCACUAUUUUAGAAACGAAAACUAUUAAGAAGCAUAAAAUUGAGGUACAUUAAAAUUUGUCACGGUUUGGAAGUGUUCAUGAGGCAGUAUCCUUUUAAACGUUUCAUCCAGUGUAAAAACAUCAUUUGACUCAACAGCAGGUUAACACAGUACGUACAUGUUCUGUUAAAUGAGGUACGUGAUUAAAGACAUCAGAUCAUAAAAUCAUCCUUCUGAUGUAUACAAUUUCUGCACUGAUGGUAGAAACUAUAAAACUAAUGAGAUGACAUAUAAAACCGAGGUGAAAAAAUAAUAACAAAGUCUCGAGUUCUGAGGCAUCACCUUUUAAACCAAUUCAUGCAAUGUAAAAAUAUCAAUUCACUCAACAGUGUAUGAAGUUAUCCUAUAUUUUAGACCAGACAACAUCAUGCAAGUCCAGUAUAAAACAUGGACAUACAUGCAUGCUGAGGUUCCACAUCCACCGCAAACCUGGCCAGGAUAAAGUGAUUACUGAAGAUGAAUGAAUGUAACAACAUGGAGGAUUCGAGACACAGAAAUAUAAGUAUUGUACAUAAACAAUGCCAAUAAAAAAGAAAUCAGUACAAUUAUCAAGAUUUUUUCUUUCAAAAAAUGCUUUCAUACAAAAAGCACAAGGUGUAGAAAAAAAGAGAAAAGCACAAUAAAGUGUAAUAUUCUAGAGAUCGACCAAUCAGAGAAAUAGACGUUAAAGAGAGAACAAAGAGGAUUAUGUAUUCAACUGCUGAGGCAUUCUGACAAAUGUUUGCUGCAUCAUUGAACUGCACAACAUUUCAUUCACUGAAAAAAACAACAACAACAAGUAAACAGUACUUAAGUUGUGAACACAAGGCUUUUUUUUUUUAGGUAAACACUUAGGUAAAUACGUUUUUCCCCUGUGAUGCAUUUUUUGUUUCCUUUUUUAGUUUCAAACUUUAUCUCUGCUUUUCACAGACUGUAUCAAGUUUACUGAUCACACAGCAGAAAAUGAUCUAGUAAUCUAUUUGUUACUGUAAACAAAAAAUGACUUUUUUCAAAUAGUAAAAUUCAGCAGGUUUGACACAUUUUCAAGUACAACCAGACACUCAACUGUAAACAUUGAAAUAAAACCAUUAAUAUAAAUGUCAGGUACAGAUCUUAGGAGAAAUGCACCAUGACAGUGUUGGUUUAAUUUGCCUUGAGUGAAAUUAUUAUUAUUAUUAUUAGUGGACUUAAGUAAUACAAGUGGUGUUUCAAUAGUUAAAGGCUUUGGUCCACUUGUCUAAACAUUGUGAGUUAAAAUGCCAAGCUGUGUCCUUGGGUCCUUAAGCAAGACCCUUAAUCAUCAACCACUCAGUUGUAUCCCAUCUCAAUUGUAAGUCGCUUUGGAUAAAAGUGUCAGCCAAAUGAAUGAAUGAUGUAAAUGUAGACAAAUAACAACUGGAAAAAAAUAUAGCUUGUGUUGUACUGAUAAAAUGAAAUGAUACAGUAGUGACUCAUUCAGUACCAUAUCAUAUAUACUGUACUAUAUAAACAUGAUGGCUGUAAGUAAAAGUGUUUUUCGAUUCAUAACAAAAGCACCCGUUAGAUGAUGUUUGCUGUCAAGUGUGAGGUGCAGAAAAAUCUGAAGUAAGUGCUGGUCUACAGCUACAUUUAGACAGAAGGAUGGGAUGCCCAAAUCCAGUUUCCAAUCCAAAUCACUUUUUGGCAGAUCAUAUUGUCAUGUGCACAUAUAGCUGUAUCUGUUUUGCAAACGUGGUUCUAAAUAAGUCCAUGUCUGGUAUUACUUGAUGCAGUUAUAUGUAAUCAAAACCUACAAGUAUGUACAGGGUGUCCUAAAAGUCUCCAAACAUAGGGGAAAUUAACACAUUUUAGCAAAAUGUCUUCCAAAAUGUUUCAUGCUUAGUUUAUAUUAUAUAUGCACAAUAUAUAUAUUUUCAUAUAGUCUUUAAGAAUGCUUUGAGAACAGAAGAACGUAUUGAAAUCAUUCUCAUGGUUGGAUCGGGAAGCUGUCGCAAGGUUGUGAUGGACUUUAACAGGAAACGUGACAAACAUGUCCCACACACCACACUGUUGCCAAACUUAUGAACAAAUUCAGAAAGGCUGGAGUGUUGUGGACAAACCGAGAAGUGGACGUCCAUGAACAUCCACUGAUGAAGUCACAACCAACGUGGUGCUGGCAAACAUAGUCCCAUACGUAUGGAGACUUUUGGGACACUCUGUAGAAUCCACAGUGCGCAAUUCAGAGUUGUUUUAAGUGGUUACUAAGUGUUUUUUGGCAUCUAAUUAUUAAGGGGAAUGUUCUGUUUUUCUGAUAUUAGUGCUUUGGGAAUUGGCAAGAUCAGGCCCCAGGUAUUUUUUGCAUAGUGACUGAUAGCACACCUAUGUGAGAAUGCUGGAUAUAACUGUCUAAAUGCA